GCAGCAGCAGUCACAUAGAGAGAGAGAGGAGAGCAUGUUAGUGAAAGAGGGAGAGGGGGGCAGAGAAGAUAAGGUAGAGAGAUGCAGUGCCACAGAGUCCUCCAGGCUGUCUGUUGCAAAACUCUUCAUGCUCGCAUCAAAAAACAUGUUGUGUUACGGGAGGAGGAUGCAGUGAUGCACUGCAGGAGCCAGGGAUGCAGAUAAUUCACCUUGGGCUAGAGUCUAGUGCCAACGGUGGCAACUUGGACAUUUCGGCAUCACUAGCAACUCAGAAGCCUUCCUCUCAGAGCAACAUUGGAUCUGAGGAACCCGUCAUCUGUCUCAGAAAAGGAGACACUGUUUCAAGAUUUAAGAAGUUGACUUUUACACCUCACACUGGACCCCCGGAAGCCGACCACCAAGCCAUCCCUGGCACCCAAGAGUCCUGGAACCAGCCUGACCUUGGACCGAUUGUCACCUGAACCCAUCCUGGAGGCACCCACCAUGUCUCAGACCGGAGGGCGGUUGCACAACAAAAAAGCCGGCAUUCGGGCUGCAGUUAUUCUGAUCGGACUCCUGCACAAGUCUCGUAAAGCCAAGGAGAAGGAGAAAGAAGAGAGUGAAGGGAAACAAGAGCUAGUGAAUAUCUCCACCGUCCCUCUUGGAGAAUGUCCACCGUCCCCACCCCGCACGGCCCCCCCCAGCAUGAAGUCUGCAGAGUUCUUCGAUAUGCUGGAGAGAAUGCAGGUCCCGAAAGUUGAAGAGAGCAAAAAGUGGAAGGAUGACUAUAUCCCCUACCCACGGAUAGAAGAUGUCCUAGAGAAAGGUGAACCGUACCCCCAAGUUAUCUUGCCGCAGUUUGGUGGCUACUGGAUUGAGGAUGCGGAGGCACCAGCUGGGACGCCGUCCUCUUCAGAGUCCAGUUUCUGUGAAGAAGACGAUGAUGGAGCAGAGGGCAUGAGCCCUGGUGAGGGACACAGCUACCGUCUGGAGUGCAACAGCACUGCCCGGGCCUACCGCAAACACUUUCUGGGCAAGGAGCAUAUGAACUACUACUGCACCGGUAGCAGCAUAGGGAACCUCAUCAUGUCCCUGAAACAUGAGGAGGUUGAGGGUCAGGAGUUCUUACGGAUCAUGCUGAGGUCAAGGACCAAAACAAUUCACGAUAGGAUCUCCUUAGCAGGCAUUAACCAGCUGCCCAGCGUACAUCAGAUUGCGAAACUUCUGUGUGAUGAUGCCACAGGACUGAAGUUCAGCCCAGUUCUUUACCCUCGAGGAUCUCAGCUGAUUGUAGCUUACGAUGAGCAUGAGGUCAACAACACCUUCAAAUUUGGAGUGAUCUACCAAAAAUUCGGACAGACGUCAGAGGAACAGUUGUUUGGGAACAAUGAAGAGACGCCAGCUUUCAAGGAGUUUCUCAGUAUACUGGGUGACAACAUUGAACUGCAGGACUUUAAAGGAUUCCGUGGAGGGCUGGAUGUGUCCCACGGACAGACAGGAACUGAAUCUGUAUACACUGCUUUCAGACAGAAAGAGAUCAUGUUCCAUGUGUCAACCAAGCUUCCUUUCACUGAUGGGGACAUCCAGCAGCUUCAGAGAAAAAGGCACAUAGGAAAUGACAUUGUGGCAGCCGUUUUCCAGGAGGAACCUACGCCUUUUGUUCCUGAUAUAAUUGCCUCCAACUUUCUGCACUCUUAUGUGCUGGUCCAGGCUGAGAACCCGUGUACAGAGAACACAGUAUACAAGGUGUCUGUCACUGCGAGGGAGGAUGUCCCUCCUUUUGGACCUCCCCUCCCGAACCCAGCUGUUUUUAAGAAGGGCCCAGAGUUCAGAGACUUCCUGCUGACAAAGCUGAUCAAUGCAGAAAAUGCUUGCUACAAAUCUGACAAGUUUGCCAAACUCGAGGGUCGAACACGAGCUGCUCUGCUAGACAACCUCCACGAUGAGCUACACAGACAAAGUCAGGCCACUCUGGGUGUCAGCCAAGCGGAGGAGGAGGAUAAGCUGGAGAAUGGAGGACACGGGGGUCUACUGGAGUCAUUCAAGAGGGCCAUGCGGGUAAGAAGUCACUCAAUGGAGACAAUGGUGGGGUCUCACCGCCUUAGGAGCCCUGGUGGUGGAGGCGGGGUCCCAGCCAGUUUAAGUGGAGGAGCAAUGCCACAGAGCACCAGUGAAUGUACAAAGAGCACCUACAAUCCUCCUGCGUUGUCAACCAAAUCUUCAUUAAAGAGCCCAGUGAAAAGGCGAUCGGGACUUUUCCCUCGUCUCCACUCCAGCAUCGAAAGUCCGUCAGACAAAUGCACUCGCAGUGACCAAAAGUCCACAGAUAUCUGCCCGUCGUCCCAAGAAGUGAGGUCAGAGACAUCAUCCAACCCCAGCUCACCUGAGACCUGCCCUAACAAAGACAGGCCUUUCCUGAAACUGAAGGACGGUGGGAGCGGCAGACCAAACAUCUCUCGAUCUUCAUCGAGCACCAGCAGCUUCAGCAGCAUUACCGGAGAUACGGACGCUUUGGAAGAGCUAGAGACGGUCAGCCAUCCCUCCAUAGCUUCCUCCUCUGUCUUCAGUCCUUCGAUUAGCAUUGACACCCCGGUGUCAGGGACCCCCAUCAUCAUGUGUCGCAGUCCCACAGAUGGGAAAAAUAAGACAUCACCGAGGUCCAACUUGAAGUUCAAAUUUGACAAAAUGAGUCAUUCAUCCACCAAUUCAGAGUAGCCUCAUCACAAGACGGCUGCAAGAAGCCUGCUUGAGCUGGGUGGAGCUGCGCAUAACACAAUAUCUAAACAAAGUCAUCAUUGAACCACUUUGCUACGUCAUGGACAAGAAAACAUUAACGAACCGGGACCUGGUUGUAAUACUGUGACCCCUGGGGCAAGCUAGGCAAGACUUUCCCUUCGGUAUAUUCUUUAUUAACUUAACACUGCACCCGAGUUGAAUAGUACCAAGAGAAAAAGGCUUUUUAAAGAUACGUUCGGCGUGAGGAGCUUCCGUUCCCCAUGUCUGGAAGCAGUACAGAACAGCGCACCUGGUAACUGAUCCUACAAAAACCUAACGUUCAGUAGUGAGCAAUUGGAAGGCCAAAGUGGAUUAGUACACGAGAUAUGAGUUGUGUGUAGAAAAUUGUUCUUUUGGCAACAUUUUUGUAUUUCAAACCUUUUUUGUUACCUUGCUAGCUGCUGCACUAUGAAUGCUGCUGGAAUUCAGUCAACAUGUGUCAAAGCAUUUCUGUAUUUGACAGGCACGGGAAAAUGGGUCGCAGUCGGUGAUACUGCCUGGACAUUUCACCAAUGUCUAAUUUUAGCCAAAGCUGCAUAUUUCUCUAUUUCUGUGUGAUAGGAUACAAAAAAUCGUCUGGAAUGGUUCAACACCCACAUUUCACCUCAGUGUGUUAAACAAAUACAUUUUAUCCUCCUCCUCACACCACCCGUUGAGGCUUUUUAGCUGCGUCUGCGUGUAAUUAAGCUUUUUUUUUUUGUUAUUGUUUUCUCUAACGACUGGAUGACUUGAAAAGGCUGAAUGAAUCUUUAAACCAGUUUUGGCAAAAACACACUGAAUGUGAUGUUGAAGUUAGUUAUUUUUGUUGUUGCUGUUGUGUUGAAGUCUGUAGAUGUACAACGCAAAGCCAGUCGCUUACGUGCACAACACGACAAGAGUAGUUUAAAGUACUGCUCGAUGACGCUUCGCCUUGAAAACAGGAAGCAAGGAAACAGUGGGAAGUAUAUCCUCUUUUAUCUCCGAUGUGACCAAAUGCUUUCUUUGGAAGCUUAUUUAUUUUCUAUUUUCCUCCCAGUAAUGGUCAUUUUUGAUGUACAGUAACUGGGAGGGGGGACAACAGAACUUGACUGAUUACCUUCAGAGAGGAAAGCAGGGAUGGAAAUAAUGAAGAGACAAGCUACACAUUGCAUUCUCAUUUAGUUUGCAACAGCCUCAAUGCAGCCUUGCAGCUACUGUAUGUACAGCCUUGCAGCAGUUCACGUUUAAUAUUAUAAAUAACUGAAAGGUACAGAAGGAAAUUAUAUGGAGCUCUCGAGUGGACAUCGUUUUGAUGGGUAAAAAAAAAAAAAAGACACAUUUUUGCGAGAUCACACAACUUUUGCGAGAUCUCGCAAAAGUAUUGCGACUUAUUACAACCCCAAAUUUGGUCAUGGACGUCUGCCAUACAUGACAAAAAGGAAGCCAUGCUCUAAAGAACCGCAUUGUGGGGAGUUGAGUGUUGUAGUUCUGUGCAUCAGCACAGGUGGCGGUGUCUCUCUCUUGUGUCUGCAACACCCAUUGUCUUCUGCAUCCUGAUUGGCUGUAGACCAUUUGUCGUCUCCAGUUGUGACCAUGGCUACCAAACUAGCUAAUCGCUUGCUAACCGCCAACAUUGUAAACAAUAGAAGAAACAAAAGAGGCAUUCUGACAUGACAAUGUCUACUUGCAGGGCAAGCAGUGCACACAAGUGAAGGAAUCCGAUAUAUGACUAAUUAAUGUAUUUCCUUUCGAGUACCAGUACUCAAAGAGAUUUGUUUCGAGCUACAUUAGCUAUAGGACCAUAUGUGAGCAUUUUAUUUUCAAAAGACGAGCCAACCAACCAUCACGGAUCAUUGAAAUCUUGUUUCAGUAGGUACAAUAUCAUUUUAUACCUCAACAAUUGUGCAGUUAGGGAUGCGCAAAUGCUGAAGAUGGACAUUAAAUGAUGCAUUUCCAACCAAUUUUCGCUAUGUGGAGGCUAUUACCGAAAUACAUUUUUCGAGAUCUCACAAAAGUAUUGAGUUGUCUCGCAAAAAUUCUUUUUGUUUUUUUUUUUUUACCCAUCACAAUUACGUAACAUUAUAGGAGGAAACGUAUGAAUUUCAAAGCUGUCUAAAUAUGUAAAUGUAUAUUUGGUUAUGUAAUGUGCUGCUGGAAAUUUAUUCAAGAAAUAAAAUGUUGUAUUUUG